GGCAAAAGCGCAAAGAAAGAAAAAGCUCAACAAACCCACGCUUGCUUUAAGACAAAUCUUAUGGAUAUCGAUACAUCGGACUCUGUUCUCACAGGUGACUCGGGGCAAGCCUCACCUAAUGUGCAGAACAGUGGGUGCGAGGGGGGCGUAGAAGUGUCUUCUGAACACGGUGAAGAACGAGACGUUGGGACCUCGCACUUGGAGCAGGAACUAAGCAAUCCUAAAGACAGACAGAGGGCAAAAUCUUUGUCCGUUUAUACGGACCAAACCACUAUCUUUGAGCAAAUUUGUCCAGAGACAUGCAGAAAAAGGGUGCAGUUCGCAGACACACUCGGUCUGAACCUGGCUAGCGUAAAGCAUUUCAGUGCUACCGAGGACCCGGAGAUCCCCUCCACAGUAUUCUCUCGGUUACAGAGUUUCCCUCCGCAGCUGGACCGAGCAUAUGUAGAUGAUCUGUGCGAUAGAUUCACGUCCUCGCUGAAUAUAGACCGCUUUGUGCCUACUUUCAAGAUGCCUGUGGAUUUCAGUGGUUUCGAUACCCGUAUCCAGCGCCUUCAAGUAGCUUUGGAAAAAGUUACCGUUUCUAAUUUUGACAUCCGAGGACUGAUUAGAGCGCUGACUUCUGGCAAUUCAAGGAAGGAAGUUGGGGUGAGAUACACUUUUAAUGACUGGCUUUCAUUCGUGGACACACAAGCAAUACCUACGCCAGGAGAGGACAACGCAGCUGUUGGUGAGCAGUUCGCAUUCACGCUAUACACGCCUCCGUUAUUGGACGCGAGUUCCUCAGUGCACUUUGCUGUGUAUUUCCGGACUGAUCGUGGCGAGUUCUGGGACAACAACGAGGGACAAAAUUACACUCUGAAGCAACACUGCAUCUCGACCGAGAGCGUAGCUUCCCAUGGCACUUAACAGCGACUCAUUGUCAAUAUAAAUGGCGGGCCAAUAGGCCUGUAUGUGCAUGAGUUAACGUUAGCCACGUCGGUCAACUUCAUGGGAAGAAUGUGUGUCAUGAAAAUGGAUGUUUAUCCCCAGUCCCUCUGGUGUAAUUGUCAGAUCAGAAUGCUUCAGAACUGUUAGGAAUUGUGAAUUCAAGCUAAUUGGAUUAAAGA